AUGUCAAUUCUAAAUUAUUUGCAUAUCGCUUGUCACAUUAUUGCUGGAUUCGCUGUAACCCAAGAUCCCAUAUCAAACGAGGUUCUCAAGGCUAUGCAUUAUAGGAACAUUGCUGUGAAGGUUGUGGCCGGUCGUAUUCUCAAGAAGUACGUGAAAGCUGAUGGAACCAACAGAGGCUUUCCUGCUCUCGAUAAACGCGGCAUGGGGGCCUUGGUUAAUGUUGUUGUUGGGUACUGGGGGUUGUUCGCCACUACGGGUCAUCUCUAUGAGCUGAGUCAUGAUUCUGCUAGUUCCAACCGGACAGCAGCUAUUCUGAUGGAGGUUGGCAGUAUACUAGGUGAAGUAAGUGGUGUUGCAUAUUGCGAAGCUGUCAAUGAUCCGGAUCGAACUACCAGAGAGGUUCCUAUUCUAGUUCUAGCUGGAGUGGGAUUAAUUGAGACUGGGUUGGUGUUGUCAUUACUGGCAACUGUUGAUUAA